GCAAGGGCGGGUCACGUGAUCCGGUUUUCGCGCGAAAACCGGUGGCAGCUGGUGCGGUGAAGCUAGCGCAGGGAUGGCGGAGUCUUCUGAGUCCUUCUCGGCAGCAUCUAGCCCUGCCCCUCAGCGGCGACGGAUCAGUGAACCCCCCACUUCCAGCCCAGGCCGCAGCUCCAGACGUGCUGACGCUCUUACCUCCAGCCCUGGCAGAGACCUCCCCCCAUUUGAGGAUGAGUCCGAGGGGCUGCUGGGCACGGAGGGGCCUGUGGAGGAAGAAGAGGAUGGAGAGGAACUCAUUGGUGAUGGCAUGGAGAGAGACUACCGUCCCAUUCCCGAGCUCGAUGUCUACGAGGCAGAGGGAUUGGCCCUGGAUGAUGAAGAUGUGGAGGAGCUGACAGCCAGUCAGAGGGAGGCAGCUGAGCGGGCUAUGAGGCAGCGGGACCGUGAGGCUGGCAGAGGCCUGGGUCGCAUGCGUCGUGGGCUGCUGUACGACAGCGACGAAGAAGAUGAGGAGCGGCCUGCCCGUAAGCGCCGCCACACAGACCGUGCCACAGAGGAUGGCGAGGAGGAUGAAGAGAUGAUUGAGAGUAUUGAGAACCUGGAGGACCUCAAGGGCCACUCGGUGCGCGAGUGGGUGAGCAUGGCAGGGCCCAGGCUGGAGAUCCACCACCGUUUCAAGAACUUCCUGCGCACCCACGUGGACAGCCAUGGCCACAACGUCUUCAAGGAGCGUAUCAGUGAUAUGUGCAAAGAGAACCGGGAGAGUUUGGUGGUAAAUUAUGAAGACCUGGCAGCCCGGGAACAUGUGUUGGCAUACUUCCUACCUGAGGCACCCGCUGAGCUGCUGCAGAUCUUCGAUGAGGCUGCCCUGGAGGUUGUGCUGGCCAUGUACCCUAAAUAUGACCGCAUCACCAACCACAUUCAUGUGCGCAUCUCCCACCUGCCCCUGGUGGAGGAGCUGCGUUCACUGAGGCAGCUACACCUGAACCAGCUCAUCCGUACCAGCGGCGUGGUGACCAGCUGCACUGGAGUCCUGCCCCAGCUCAGCAUGGUCAAGUAUAACUGUAGCAAGUGCAACUUUAUACUGGGGCCUUUCUGCCAGUCUCAGAACCAGGAGGUGAAGCCUGGCUCCUGCCCUGAGUGUCAGUCAACUGGGCCCUUUGAGAUCAACAUGGAGGAGACCAUCUAUCAGAACUACCAACGGAUCCGCAUCCAGGAGAGUCCCGGCAAGGUGGCAGCUGGCCGGCUGCCCCGUUCCAAGGAUGCCAUCCUCCUUGCUGAUCUGGUGGACAGCUGCAAGCCAGGAGACGAGAUAGAGCUGACCGGCAUUUACCACAAUAAUUAUGAUGGCUCACUUAACACCACCAACGGCUUUCCUGUCUUCGCCACCAUCAUCCUGGCCAACCAUGUUGCCAAGAAGGACAACAAAGUGGCCGUGGGUGAGCUUACUGAUGAGGACGUGAAGAUGAUCACCAGUCUUUCCAAGGAUCAGCAAAUCGGAGAGAAGAUCUUUGCCAGCAUUGCGCCCUCCAUCUAUGGGCAUGAAGACAUCAAGAGAGGCCUGGCUCUGGCCCUGUUUGGAGGGGAGCCCAAGAACCCAGGUGGAAAGCACAAGGUUCGAGGUGACAUCAAUGUGCUCCUGUGUGGGGACCCUGGCACAGCGAAGUCCCAGUUCCUCAAAUACAUCGAGAAAGUGUCUAGCCGUGCCAUCUUCACCACUGGCCAGGGUGCAUCAGCCGUGGGUCUCACGGCGUAUGUUCAGCGGCAUCCUGUCAGCAGAGAGUGGACCUUAGAGGCUGGAGCCCUGGUUCUGGCCGACCGGGGCGUGUGUCUCAUUGAUGAGUUUGACAAGAUGAAUGACCAGGACAGGACCAGCAUCCACGAGGCCAUGGAACAGCAAAGCAUCUCCAUCUCCAAGGCUGGCAUCGUUACCUCACUGCAAGCCCGCUGCACCGUCAUAGCUGCUGCCAACCCCAUAGGGGGCCGCUACGACCCUUCACUGACCUUCUCAGAGAAUGUAGACCUCACAGAGCCCAUCAUUUCCCGCUUUGAUGUCCUGUGUGUGGUGAGGGACACUAUUGAUCCUGUUCAGGAUGAGAUGCUGGCCCGUUUUGUGGUUGGCAGCCAUGUCAGACACCACCCCAGCAACAAGAAGGACGAAGGGCUGACCAACGGUGGCACCACAGAGCCAGCCAUGCCCAACACAUACGGUGUGGAGCCCCUGCCUCAGGAGGUCCUGAAGAAGUAUAUCAUCUAUGCCAAGGAACGGGUCCGCCCAAAGCUCAACCAGAUGGACCAGGACAAAGUGGCCAGGAUGUACAGCGACCUGAGGAAGGAGUCCAUGGCAACAGGCAGUAUUCCCAUCACAGUGCGACACAUCGAGUCCAUGAUCCGCAUGGCAGAGGCCCAUGCACGCAUGCACCUGCGAGACUACGUGAUGGAAGAUGAUGUCAACAUGGCCAUCCGCGUGAUGCUGGAGAGCUUCAUUGACACCCAAAAGUUCAGUGUCAUGCGCAGCAUGCGCAAGACUUUUGCCCGAUAUCUCUCCUUCCGUCGGGAUAACAAUGACCUGCUGCUCUUCAUACUGAAGCAGUUGGUGGCUGAGCAGGUGACAUACCAACGUAACCGCUUUGGGGCCCAGCAGGACACCAUCGAAAUACCUGAGAAGGACCUGACGGACAAGGUAUGGAAGAAAGGGCAGGGUCAGGGCUUGUUGCUCUGGGAGCUUGUGGCCAUCUUUGGUACGCUUACUGGGUAAUAGGCAGUUGAACUAGAGAUAGGCACAGGGAAACCGGUAUCAGCAGCCUUGUCCGAGUACCUGUGAGGCUGGAGAAGCUCCGGUUUGGAGCUCUGAACCAACACAGCCCUUCCAGAGAUGAGGGCUGGCAUCUUCCCCUGCUAAUGGCUCUGAUGCCAUUUUUUCUUCAGGCCAGGCAGAUCAAUAUCCACAACCUCUCCGCCUUCUACGACAGCGACCUCUUCAAAAUCAACAAGUUCAGCCGUGACCUGAAACGCAAGCUGAUCCUACAGCAGUUCUGAGGUCAGCACAGGACUCUGUCUGGACGAGGCUCAGUCACAUUCUAUAGACACAGCCCACUUCCACCAGGGGCUCUGUGCCCUGUCGGGGUGGGGUGAUGCUCAAUGCAGACCUUUACCCAUGAGCCCCUGGGCCAAGGGUGAAAUGACUGUACUUAUUCUCCUGCCCCUCUCUAGAGCACUCUUCUUGACCAGCCCCUCUGUUUCAGGCUCCUUAGAAGGCUGGGGUUGUGUUCAGGUGACAGAAUUUACCAAAACCAUUGCUGCUUUGCCAUGAGUUGUGUUUCUGGACUGUUUCUUCCCCUUUUAGAUAAAGAGCAACUUAGAAGUGUUUGCACACUUUUCCAGAACGUUCUUGGAGCCUGUGAUGGAGGAGCACAAGACCCUGCCUGCCGAGGGAGGGCCCAUGCUCCUUGUGCUGAUUUUCUUCCUGCCUAGCCAGUGCCUUCAUUCGCUUCUUGUACAGUUUCUUAUAGUUUAUUUUUUAAUAAAUUUGAAUACAACUUAAAUAGUG